CUGAAAGCCUCCUGCUCGGACCCGCCGGCUUGCCCGAACGGCGCUCCGCUGAAGGCUUCCUGCUCUGAGCCACCGGCUUGCCCGAACGACGCUCCACUAAAUGCCACCUGCUCGGACCCGCCAGCUUGCCCGAACGGCGCUCCGCUGAAGGCCUCCUGCUCUGAGCCACCAGCUUGCCCGAACGGCGCUCCACUAAAUGCCGCCUGCUCGGACCCGCCGGCUUGCCCGAACGGCGCUCCGCUGAAGGCCUCCUGCCCGGACCUGCCAACUUGGCCAAACUCCGCUCCGCUGAAAGCCUCCUGCUCGGACCCGCCGGCUUGCCCGAACGGCGCUCCGCUGAAGGCUUCCUGCUCUGAGCCACCGGCUUGCCCGAACGACGCUCCACUAAAUGCCACCUGCUCGGACCCGCCAGCUUGCCCGAACGGCGCUCCGCUGAAGGCCUCCUGCUCUGAGCCACCAGCUUGCCCGAACGGCGCUCCACUAAAUGCCGCCUGCUCGGACCCGCCGGCUUGCCCGAACGGCGCUCCGCUGAAGGCCUCCUGCCCGGACCUGCCAACUUGGCCAAACUCCGCUCCGCUGAAGGCCUCCUGCUCGGACCCGCCAGCUUGCCCGAACGGCGCUCCGCUGAAGGCCUCCUGCUCUGAGCCACCGGCUUGCCCGAACGGCACUCCACUAAAUGCCGCCUGCUCGGACCCACCCGCUUGGCCAGACGGCGCUCCGCUCAAACGCUGA